AUGGCCCUUCAGACCUCGCGAGCCGCUGCGCUCUGUCACCGCCCGGGAGACCGGCGGUCUGCAGAGCCCGGUCCACUGGCUCUCGGGUCCGUUGCAGAAAAGUUUGCCGGCUCCUGCCUGAUGACAGGGGAGCCCAGGUCCCCCAGAAGUGACGGCAGCCGUGUCCUUGCUGGGUCGCUCCAUUUGGGGGUGUUCCUGUUCCGAGCGCCGAGAGCCGGCGGCCGGCCGCACCCGCCCACGCCAGUGUACGAGUUCUCCGACCUCUCGAGCAUGGGCGAGCUGAGUGAAAACGAGAAAGAUGAAGAGCCUUAUGAAUCCUUUGAGCCGCCGCUGCACAGCACGGCCAUAUACACGGACGACGCGGAGCUCUCCAGACACUGUGGGUCCCUCGGCGUCGAGGCUCCUCCAGGGGAUGAAGCGAAAAGAAGUGUGAACGCUUCUGAAAUUGAAGAAAGUGAAAACGAGUCCAUAAAGAGUAGCACAAAAAAGCCGAGAAGAAAGCCCGUGCCCAUCAGCGAGGACUCUGGCAGCUGUGACGAAAGGGGUGUGACCGCGGAAGGCGCACCAGCAGAGAACACCCGUGGCCAGCGGCGGGACGCUGCGUCGUCUCCGGAGCUCCCAGAGACCCCGGCGGAGCUGGGCACGCCCCAGAAGACAGGACCUCUAGGUGCUGAGUCCUCUGGUGAAAAAGAGACCCUGGCCACCAAAAGUCAACUGAAAACUCAGAAAAAGGAGAAGACGUUUCACGGCAAAAGAAAGAAACCAAGAGAUGAAGCUGCAGACACAGAUGUUUCUGGCUGUGCGCGUAUUUGGUGUCUAAAAGCAAAGAGAAGCAGUGACAUCACGGAGCUAGAUGUUGUCCUGUCAGCAUUUGAGGAAGCCAUCCCCGAGCAUAAACAAAAUAUAGAAUCUAAAAUUUGCAAGGAAGCAAUCAACAAAUUCCAUUCUAGUCUGAAAGAAGAGCUCAUCAAAACACUUACUGAAGUCCAGAAGUUGAAAACUCUGAGAAGGAAGAAUGCUAAGAUGACUUCAGACAUCGAAAAGAAGAGGCAGCGUUUGAUCGAAGUCCAGAACGAACUGCUUUGGUUAGAGCCACAGCUGAAACAGCUACAGGUAAAAUACGAUGAACUUGAGGAGAGAAAAUCUUCCCUUAGGAAUGCAGCCCAUUUCUUAUCUGACUUAAAACAGCUUCACCACGAUUAUUCAGAUGUCCGAGAGAGGGGACCGCCUGUGAAGGAAACGUAUGAUUCAUCCAGCCUUCCAGCUCUGUUAUUCAAAGGAAGAACCCUUCUAGGAGCUCAGAGCCAUCUGCAGAAUAUCAACUAUCGGCUAGAGAGGCUCCUCGACCAGGAGUGAGACGGGUCUACUAAACUGGGUCCACGUGAGGACAAGCCCGCACCGCGGCCUGUCGCCUCCUGAAACUGCUUUUUCUUAGAGGACUUUCUCGGGGACACGUAACCAAGCGAGUUUGUCUAACUGUUCGGGCUGGUUGUGUGCCCUUGUCACCAGUGCGAUUGCACAGUAGUUUGAGAGGCUAUAAUUAGCUCUUCCGGUUAGUGUCUUGAGUAGUGAGUUGAAAUGUUGACACUCAACCCUAAUUAGCCACAGACAUAAAGACUUUAACCUAUAAGUAAAUAUGCAUAAGCUGAUAUGAA